AUGUGCAAGGAGAUCAAAAUUGGUGAGGAACUGUGUCCUUUUCUUGAUGGAUUUGUAUUGGUCGGCAGUGUUGCUGGUCAGAGAUAUUGGUCAUCGAUGCUUAACGAUAAAGCAACCAUAACUUGUGGCAUAUGGACUCCAGACGAUCAACAGGUCUAUUUCGGGACAACUGCUGGCCAAUUAAUCGUGAUGGACGUUCACGGGGCUAUGGUGUCUGAAAUACAACUGGGGGCUGGCGUUACAUCGAUGGCUUGGAGUGCCGAGAAAUUCACAAUGGAAGAAGGAGAUGACGACGUAACGAGCGACCGGUCUCAGAAAGAUGAUCGAAGUUAUGUGUUGGCUGUCUGUCUCGCUGACGGCAAUAUCGUCAUGUUACGAUCGUUCGACGACGUGUCGCCGAUCACAAUACGCAGCAAACUGAAGACACCUUUGCAUGCCGAAUGGAGCAACUCUAGAAAACUGUUGGCCAUCGCUGGCACAAAGGAAUCCGACGUUCUCCAAAGUAAUUCGCAGGAAUAUACGAAUCUACUGAAAUUUUACUCGGUCAAUGGUACCCUAGUAUACACAACAGUGAUUCCGUAUACACAAUGUCCGGUGUCGGCAUUGACGUGGGGACAUAACGACAGACGACUUUUCGUGGCGACCGGGGCACGCGUUCAUGCGGCUUGGGUUUCCAGAUACGAAAUGCCUUGCAAAACUCUUAGAAAGAAAGGAUGGCAACCUUUAAUGAACCGACUCCCUCUCUAUCUCAAACUUCAUCAAUUCCAGAUAAAAUGCAGCAAGUAUCUUUGUAAGAUCCUAAAUAAGUGAA